UAAAGUCACCAAUUGAAAUAGCUUUUCAAUCAGUUGCAGUUCAGAGAUCGUGGUGUAUUGCUUUGCUUUCUGUCGGCAUUUACUUUUCGUAUGUUUUUGUAAAUGUCGGCGAUCUUACGCAGGAUGGUGUCAAUGCCUUUGAAUCUCAUUCUAUUCAUGUAUUUUUGAAACUGGUUUAUUAUCGGCUGAACGAUUGAGCGCUUCCAGCGUUAACCAGUACAGUCUACGAUUAACCUUAUCUGGUUUACAAAGAUAACUGAGCAAAUACAGAGGAAGGGGGGUUAGACAGCCUCAUGAGUGUCUUCGGUGGACUUCGGAGACGUUAUGGAUUUGACUAAAAUGGGUAUGAUCCAGCUGCAGAACCCCUCCCACCCCACGGCCCUCCUGCAGAAGGCCAACCAGAUGCGUCUGGCGGGCACUCUCUGCGAUGUGGUCAUCAUGGUGGACAGCCAGGAGUUCCACGCCCACCGUGCCGUGCUGGCGUGCACCAGCAAGAUGUUCGAGAUCCUCUUCCACCGCAACAGCCAUCAUUACACCCUGGACUUUCUCUCACCAAAGACCUUCCAGCAGAUCUUGGAGUACGCUUACACCGCCACACUCCAGGCAAAGGUGGAGGACUUGGAUGAUUUGCUGUACGCGGCAGAGAUCCUAGAAAUAGAAUAUCUAGAGGAGCAGUGCCUCAAGAUCCUGGAGACCAUCCAGUCAUCGGAUGAAAACGACACUGAGGCCAACGCCAACGACGGCGGGGGCGGUGAGGAGGAUGACGAGCGCCGGACGAGGCACGGGAAGAGUGCGUUGAUCUCAAAGAAGCAUUCCAUGGAAGAGGGUGGUUACAACCCUACCGCCCAACAAGGCUUGUCCCUGCCCAACAUGGUUGAUCAGAGCCCCUCCGUCUCAACUUCCUUUGGCCUCUCCACCAUGAGCCCCACCAAGGCUGCCGUUGACAGCUUGAUGAGCAUCGGCCAGUCCCUGCUGCAGGGUGGCAUGCCCCACAGCGCCGGCGGGGACCCGCUGGCUCCAGCCAACGCCAACCCCCUGGUGGCCGAGGUGAAGAUGGAGAUGAUGCAGGUGGAUGAGGGACACGAGAGCCCCCACGCGAUGGAGUCCGGCUCCUCGAGCAACGGGGAGAGGAGCGGCGAAUUGGACCGCAACCGGGAGGGCCCCGGCACCCCGACCCGGAGCAGCGUCAUUACCAGUGCCCGUGAGCUGCACUACGUCCGCGACGAGGCCAUGGGCGACCCGCAGGCCGAGGCGGCACAGAUGGCACUGGAAGGCGUUACCGGCCUGACUGAGAAGCACCUGGCAUCACUGUAUUCCAUGCCCUCCAACCACAAGAACGAGACAAUGGUGUCCAUGCCCGCCUCUGUGGCCUCCUCCCUCCACAUGCCCCCCGCCCUGGCCAUGUCCAUGGACUUCAGUGCCUAUGGGGGCUUGCUGCCCCAGAGUUUCAUCCAGAGGGAGUUCUUCAGCAAGCUGGGGGAGCUUUCGGCCGGCGUCAAGCCCGAGGGCAGGAACCCGAACGAGCGCUGCAACGUGUGCGGCGCCGAGCUGCCGGACAACGACGCCGUGGAACAGCACAGGAAGCUGCACAGCGGCAUGAAGACCUACGGCUGCGAGCUGUGUGGGAAGCGCUUCCUGGACAGCCUCCGCCUCCGCAUGCACUUGCUGUCACACUCAGCUGGAGCGAAAGCCAUCGUCUGCGACCAGUGUGGUGCCCAGUUUCCAAAGGAGGAUGAUCUUGAAGCACACAGGCAGGUCCACACAGGCUCAGACAUGGCCAUCUUCUGCCUCCUGUGUGGCAAGCGCUUCCAGACUCAGACGGCCCUGCAGCAGCACAUGGAGGUCCACGCCGGCGUGCGCAGCUACAUCUGCAGCGAGUGCAACCGCACGUUCCCCAGCCACACGGCACUCAAGCGCCACCUGCGCUCCCACACAGCAGGUGACCACCCGUUCGAGUGCGAGUUCUGUGGGAGUUGCUUCCGGGACGAGAGCACACUGAAGGGGCACAAGCGCAUCCACACCGGCGAGAAGCCCUACGAGUGCAACGGCUGUGGCAAGAAGUUCAGCCUCAAACACCAGCUGGAGACCCACUACCGUGUACACACAGGUGAGAAGCCGUUCGAGUGCAAGCUGUGCCACCAGCGCUCGCGGGACUAUUCGGCCAUGAUCAAGCACCUGCGCACGCACAACGGCGCCUCGCCCUACCAGUGCACCAUCUGCCUGGAGUACUGCCCCAGCCUGUCCGCCAUGCAGAAGCACAUGAAGGGCCACAAGCCCGAGGACAUCCCGCCAGACUGGAGGAUCGAGAAGACCUACCUAUACCUAUGCUAUGUCUGAAGUGGGGGGGGGCGGAGGGGUUUGGGGGAUCGGUGGGAUGAGAACUCGACGUGAUGACUCGAGAAAUGGGUUGGAUCGAAACGGAAGAGGAGGGAGAGACUGGCAGACGCACACCAUUGAUGGAUGGAUGGAUGGAUGGACAGGUUGGGCGGGGUGAGGAAA